CGGAGCUUUCGACCAAUGAAAUAUCGCCGUUUUGAGAGGCGUCGGUUUAGACCGCUGUAAGUGUGAAAGGGUUUGAUGCAGGAGAGUUUGUCCACGUUACAGGAGCAUGAAGCACAGAGCCAGACAUGGAUAGGUAUGAGAAGGUGAAGAAGAUCGGGGAGGGCUCUUUUGGGAAAGCCAUUCUGGUAAAGUCCAGGGAGGAUGGCCACCAGUAUGUCAUCAAGGAGAUCGGCAUCUCCAGGAUGUCUAAUAAAGAGAGACAGGAGUCUCGUAAAGAAGUGGCCGUGCUGGCGAACAUGAGUCACCCCAAUAUUGUGCAGUAUAAGGAGUCAUUUGAAGAGAACGGCUGCUUGUACAUAGUGAUGGACUACUGCGAGGGAGGCGACCUGUUUAAGAAGAUCAAUAACCAGAAAGGACUCCUUUUCUCCGAAGAACAGAUUCUUGACUGGUUUGUCCAGAUCUGUCUGGCACUUAAACACGUACACGACCGUAAAAUCCUUCACAGGGACAUAAAGUCACAGAAUAUAUUCCUGACUAAGGACGGUACAGUGCAGCUAGGCGACUUUGGGAUCGCUCGAGUUUUGAACAGUACCGUGGAGCUGGCCAGGACCUGCAUCGGCACACCGUACUACCUUUCCCCCGAGAUUUGCGAAAAUAAACCGUACAACAAUAAAAGCGAUAUCUGGGCCUUGGGAUGUGUCCUGUAUGAAAUGUGCACACUAAAACAUGCUUUCGAAGCCGGGAACAUGAAGAACUUGGUGCUGAACAUCAUCCGAGGUUCAUACCCUCCAGUCUCGGUGCAUUACUCUCAGGACCUGCGUGCUCUCCUGGGCCUGCUUUUCAAACGCAGCCCACGGGAAAGACCCUCGGUCAGUGCGAUACUGGACAAGCCGUUUCUCGCCCGCAGAAUCCAGAGGUUUCUCUCGCCACAGCUCAUCGCUCAGGAAUUCAACCAGUCUCUCCUCGUCAAACAACCCAAAUUAAGUGUCGCCCAGGGAGCACCAGCCAAGCACAUCGCCCCUGCCCAGAAAAUCUCCAAACCAGCCGCCAAAUACGGAGUGCCUUUAACAGCAAAAAGACCUGCCGAAGCCGCCAGGAAACCAGCAGACGCAGCCAGGAAACCUGUAGAGAGGAAACCUCCGGUCAAACUCAAACAGGCUCCUCCAGCAGCAGUUCAGAGGAGAAUGAGUCGAUUGGAGGAGGAGAGAAGGAGGCAUGAGGACGGAGUGAGAAAAAAACGGAUGGAGCUGAUGGAGAGAGAGAGGAAACAGCGAGAGCAGCUGUUUCUCUUAAAGGCUGCUCAAAUGAAAAGAUUUGAGAGGGAAAAGCUUAACAGGAUCAACCGUGCACGGGAGCAAGGCUGGAGGAACGUCUUGAGCUCCAGUGGAGGCAGUAGCCCAGAGAGGAAGUUUUUCGUAGGUGGAGGUAUGGGAGUCGCUCCUAAUCCAGUGCCAAUUCCGUCUCCUUUACCAUCAUCACUGCCAGGUUCAGGCCCAGGAUCCAAAGCUUCAGGGGACGGCAUCCCAGCACAGCCUGCACAUGAACCUUCCAGGCACGCCGUCAAGAGUCAGGCGCGGAGGACCAGUCUCCAGAACGAGACCGUGACUAAAAACGACUAUGCCAACAGGUUCCGAGCCCAGGUGGCAGCAGAGAGAUCCAAACAGGUGCAAGAGUUCCUGCAGCGCAAACAAGAAGCAAUGCUCAAUAAAGUACGCGCUGAAGGCCAGCUGGGGGCCCGGCAAAACCUGGCCACCAUCUUUGCAAACCGGACAAACUCUUCCCGAGGCAGGAGACCCAGGGUCAACAAAGAGGAGGAGGAAUACUUGACACGGCUGAGGCAAAUACGACUGCAGAAUUUUAACGAGCGGCAGCAGAUCAAAGCGCGUCUCAGAGGAGAGAAGCAUGACAGCGAUUGUUCCGAUAGUCAAGAGUCGUGCGAAGAGAUGGAGCUCAGGAGGAAGAAAAUCGAAGCUCUGAAGGCGCAGUCCAAGGCUCGAGCAGCUGUCCUGAAAGAGCAGCUCGAGAAGAAGCGCAGGGAGGCUUACGAGAAAGAAAAGAAAGCAUGGGAAGACCAACUUGUCGCUCGAGGAGUAAAGGUCGACAUCGGCGCGCCGAAAGGAGCCGCGCCUCCUCAAACUGACCAGGCCCCUCAGGACACCGUCUCUAAAGGCGUACCUUCUUCCAAACCCGGCGCUCCAGCCAUCUCCAUGACGGCAGCACUGAAGGAUGUGGGCGUGGUCAGUGCGUCUGGACAGACUUCCCAAAUAAAAGAAGAUCCCCCAAAACCUGAACCGUCAGAAGUUCAGAGUGAGAGAAAGGAGAUUCUACGCAGACUCAAUCAGAAUUUGAAAGCUAACCCUUCUAAAAAAGAGGACGAGCAAGAGACCGGACCUGUCGCUGAACCUGGCUCCGCCCCUCAGCCGUCAGAACCCGACCCAAUCCCAGACGAGAGACCACAACCCCCCCGGGGGGAUCGACGCAGAUGGGAGGCUGGAGAUCCUCCCGUACUCUCGGUAGCCCAGCACACUCUUGAGGACACGUGUAGCACUAUGGCAGUGUCUCAGAAUGCGUCCUCGGAGGCAAGUCCGGUCUUCGGUGGCGACAGGAAGAAGUGGCAGCCUGGUGAUGUUUCGCUUGUCGUGGCUCAGCAGACUCUGGAGGACACCAGUAUCAGUACAGCAGAACAAACAUCAGGUGAGGUCAUUGCUAUGGAGGCCUGGCAUGGGGAGGGAUUAAGGAAAGUAUGGGGGAAGACCCCAGUUUCCGAGGUUCUGAAAGUUCUUGAGGAGGCUGAAAUUCAGCCGCUCACUCAGUGCCUGGAUAGCAGCAGCAUUCGUGACAACACUUACACUGAAAGCCUUACACCUACACUGGGGCCUUCAGAUGAGCCUGAUGGAGUAACACUGGAGCCUCAGACAAGCCAAGAUCAGAAGGAGCAAGCCAUCAUCAGCCAGGCCCAGGAAUCUGAUAUUAGCCCAGAUCUGGAUCAACAGGCCGUCACUGACCGGGUCCAAGAACAGCAAGCUGUCGUCGUCCUGGAUCAGGAACAAAAAGCUACCGUUGGCCAGGAUCAGCAUGUUCUUAUUGACCAGGACCAAGAACAGCAAGCUGCUGAUAUUUGUCUGGAACAUGAGCAAGAAUCAGGGCAUUCAAAGGCUCUGUCAGACACAGAGGUGAUCAACAGUCACGAUUCGCCAGAGAUGAGUCUUCCUGAGGAAAAAGUGGCUGAGGAAACGGACGAAGUGGAGUGUUUGGUUCUGGAAGAGGAUCGUCCGCUGUCAUCCAAACCUCCAGCUGAAGUGGUUACUGCAUGGGGCCAGAAGGUUCCCCAACCAGGGCCUGUAGAGGGCAGCAAACCACUACCCGAGAAGCCGAGCGAUGAGAAACCGAUAUGUUCAGAGGAUGAACAGCAAGUUGCGGUUACAGUGCCUGGCGACGGCCCGGCGUUCGUGAAGUUGAGCUCCAGUCCAGCGCACAGACGCGCAGCGGCCCAGUCCUCGGUGGAAGACACGUCGUCCUCUGUGGCCUCUCGCUCACGUUCGGUGUCGCCUCAGCGCCGGCACGGCGACGCACUUUUAAUCGGUCUCUCCACCGGCCUUUUUGAUUCCAACAACCCUAAGAUGCUGAGGACCUGCUCGCUACCGGAUCUCAGUAAGAUCUUCAGCGGCGCUACGGAACCCAACGGUGUCUCCAGCCAUGACAACCAGCUGGAGAUCGAGGAUCUGGAGGACAAAGAAGAUGAGCAGUCCGACACAGACGCAUACGAGGACGAAGACCUGCGAGAACUCCGAGCCUCUAUGGAGAGGCUGCUUCAACAGCAACGGAGCGACGACGAAGAGUUCGGUGCGUCCAACGGCAGUCCUCCAGACGAAGAGGCAGCUCCGGGGGAGAACGAGAACGAUCCCGAAGAGGAGGACGGUAACGGGCAGGACAUGGAGGACGAAGAACCGAACAACGAGAGGAAGCUCAACGAAGAGUGGCAGUCAGACGACAGCGAGCAGGAAGGAACGAGCGAUUCGGAGCAGCAGGACAGCAUAUUCAACCGUCUGGAAGAGCUGCGCUUUCAUUUGGAGCAGGCCAUGGGCUUUGAGCAACUUCUCCAAGCCUAUAACAAGAUCAAGGCAAUCAUUGAAGACGAGGACACGAGCAUUGCUGUCGGCUCGAACACCGUACAAAGCAUUCUGGCGCCUGAGCACCAGCACCUGUACCCUAAAAUCCUCCACUUGGUGAUGGCAGAUGGAGCCUAUGAAGAAGAUAACGACGAAUGAUGCGGCGAUCUCAGGACAAUCUGGCUUUGAAGUCUUCCCACGACGCUGCGCGUGAAGCAGACGGAGUACACGUGAAGGACCGGACUCGGUCCCUUAGUCAUGAUUGGAGUGUUACUGCCACGUCCAAUUGUAAAUAUGAUCAAGAUACCGUUCAACCAAAGCUCAAUUGAGAGACGAGAGGGGGGUGGGGGGGUGUUUUAUUCGACAGGUCACGUGAGACAGUUACUCACCACAGUAUUUACAUGCAGUCAAAGCCAUGAGUGGUCCAGCUCAAAGCUCACGUGGCUGUUGUCUUUUCUGCAUCAGGUAUUCUCUCCACACACACACACACACACUAUAUAUAUAUAUAUAUAUAUAUAUAUAUAUAUAUAUAUAUAUAUAUAUAUAUAUAUAUAUAUAUAUAUAUGCACACUAUACAUCCUCUUUUUCUACUUUUUUCUACUAUAAACUUCAUUCCGGUUGUUUUCACGUUUCCUAAAGUUGCAGUUUACAGUCCGGGUUACAUUGUUCCACCUUUCACACUUUCACACGCGUAUCAAACUAACACGUCAAGCGUUAACGUGUGCAUGCGUCCCCCCCCCACCGCCUUAUGCUAUUGCACUUGAUGUAUAUGAAUGAUGUCGUCGUAGGAAAUGACCGUCCCUAAAAGGUUGUACAGUAAAUUAUUCGCAUAUCAAAGCAUAAAGAUGUGGAAGAGAGAAAAUGCAUUUCGAGCGAUAACGUUGUCUGACAUGAUAUUUGUCUUUAUAUUCAGAAAUAAAUGCUUAAUUUUCAA